AUGAACUUUCACUCCAUAUUGACGGACCUCUUCGGUGCAUCUCUCAUGAGCAGCAACCCUCAUCAAGAAGUUGUCGACGAUUACGACUCAAGGAGACACGGAGGUGGUAUGGGAGUCUGGCUCGGCAUCUGGACAUGGUGUUUUAUUGCCUCUCUUGGCUUUGGAUUUUGGAUCGGCGCCUGGGUCAUUGAUGAUCUACAACCAGCCUGGGGCUUCUAUCUCAGCGUGAUCCUCAUCGCUGUCGUGUUGUUGCUGAACACCCUAUGCCCGGAAGUCCGCCGAUCCGCAUUUCGACGAUCUGUUGUGGAAGUGAGAACAGGUACAGAUGUCUCUCGAAGACUCGCACGAGGCGAAGUCAUGAUGCAUCGUGUCAAAGAUGGCCCGAAAUGGUGGGGCCAGGAGAUGUAUCAUGGAAUCGCUCUUUCUCUUGAGAUGCUUCGUCAACCUGGUUUCGCCGUCAUCGCAGUCUACUCUGGCUGGAUUUACGCACAAGUCGUUCUCAUCAUCGUUCUACUAGGUUCGUUGUCUUCAAGAUUCUACAAAAUGCGGUCGCCCUAUGUCGGACUGAUGGUAGCUGCCUUGGCUUUUGGUGCCAUCGCAGCUAUUCCGUUCCAAAAGGCCAGCUACUUCUCAAGAGCGAGACAUACUCAAGUCAACACUAGCCGCAUGACAUUCGACAAACAAAUAACGUGGACCUCUCAUCUGCUCCGCCGGACCGUCUUCACCAUUGGUCUUCCACUGGCAGGCAUUGUUUACGCCGGAGUAUCAGGAGGACCUCCUCUCCAUCCAAGCGCGCCAGCUACUCUUGCGGCUGUCAUUGGAUUCUUAUCAUGUCUGGCGAUAUCAGAAUGCAACGGAAUCAUCAUGGAAACCUUUGAUACUUCAGACCUGCAGCCUGGCAUGACUGGUCGACCGCGCGGCAACUCAGACACUCAAAGAAAGAAGAAUUACUCUGCAUUUCCACGUGUCACGGCUGGGUUCGCCAUCUGUCACACUUUUGGCUUCGUGUUUGCCGCUGGAGCCACUGGACUCGGCAGCAUGGCUCAAAGAACCCUUGGGCAAAGGGUAUCUACUGGCGUUGUUGCUGGCAUAUUGUUGAUUUUGACAGUACUCCUAUUCCUCGUCCUCAUUCGCUUCAAAGAAGUCACAAUCAUUCCCGAGUCCAAGACGGAGGAGAUGGACAGGUGGAACACCGCCCGCAAAGAAUCUCUCAAGCGUCGCGAGUCGAUACCCGAAGAGCAGAUCGAUGAGAAAGCUCUGUUCGCAGAGGAAGAGCCAUGGCGGCCUUUUAUCGUGGGUAACCCAACCAGCAAAACUCGCCGAGUCAAUGUUCUCGAGCUUGGAGGCAUGUCUCGCUUCACUGAGAUCAGAAAAAGAAACAGGCUCAUUGACGCCAGCGCACAUCUCAACAGGGCAGCUUUAGAUGCUGGGUUGGAUGCACUCGACGAUCAACUCAGCGACAUCAGGUAG